UUAUUAUUAUUAGUUACACGCGGAUCUCUUGGUAACUACACAUUGGUCGCCGGACAUUUUCAAUCGUCGUUCAGUUAUUGUAAUAUUGUGCGAAGGCAAAAUAGAAUUGAUAGAAAAUGUCGACAGUAGCAAGUCCUUUAGCCGUCGGAGGUGUUCGGCAAUCUGGAGCACCUGUACGAACACAAAAUGUAAUGGCUGCUUGCACUAUCGCAAAUGUAGUGAAGAGUUCACUGGGUCCUGUUGGUUUGGAUAAAAUGCUUGUAGAUGAUAUCGGUGAUGUCACUGUUACUAAUGAUGGAGCAACUAUUUUACGUUUGCUUGAAGUUGAACAUCCGGCAGCAAGAGUAUUAGUUGAAUUAGCUCAGUUGCAAGAUGAAGAAGUUGGAGAUGGAACUACCUCAGUUGUGAUAGUUGCAGCUGAAUUACUAAAAAAUGCUGAUGAACUUGUAAAGCAAAAGAUUCAUCCUACCUCUGUAAUUAGUGGUUACAGACUUGCUUGCAAAGAAGCUUGCAAAUAUAUCCAAGAACAUUUAACGGUUACUGUGGAUGAACUUGGACGAGACUGUCUGGUUAAUGUAGCUAAAACAUCUAUGUCUAGCAAAAUUAUUGGCGCUGAUGCUGAUUUUUUUGGAAAUAUGGUUGUGGAUGCUGCGAAUGCGGUAAAGAUUAAUGAUGGGAAAGGUGGAUUUUUAUAUCCAAUAAAAGCAGUGAAUGUUUUAAAAGCUCAUGGGAAGAGUGUUAGAGAAUCUGUACUUGUACAAGGUUAUGCACUUAAUUGUACUGUAGCCUCCCAAGCCAUGACUAAGAGAAUAUUAAAUGCAAAGAUUGCAUGUUUGGACUUUUCUUUGCAAAAGACUAAGAUGAAACUGGGUGUUGAAGUAUUAAUUACAGACCCUGAAAAACUUGAGGCAGUCCGUCAGCGUGAAACAGAUAUUACAAAAGAACGUAUCCAAAGAAUUCUUUGCGCUGGUGCCAAUGUUAUUCUUGUAUCAGGAGGAAUCGACGAUCUCUGUCUAAAGUACUUCAUCGAAGCUAAAGCAAUGGCAGUCCGCAGAUGUAAGAAGGCAGAUCUGAAGAGAAUUGCUAAAGCCACAGGUGCACAAUUCCUUACUUCUCUAACUAACAUGGAAGGAGACGAAAGUUUUGAAUCUAGUUUUCUUGGAGAAGCUGCCGAAGUUGUUCAGGAAAUGGUCUGCGAUGAUGAACUUAUUCUUAUUAAAGGGCCAAAAGCAAGAACAGCAAGUUCUCUCAUUUUGCGUGGGCCAAACGACUACUACUGCGAUGAAAUGGAACGUUCUGUGCAUGAUGCAUUAUGCGUUGUUAAGCGAGUUUUAGAAAGCAAAUGUGUCGUUGCAGGUGGUGGUUGCGUUGAGGCAGCUCUCUCAAUAUAUUUAGAAAAUUUUGCAACGUCUCUCAGUUCUAGAGAACAAUUAGCGAUUGCUGAAUUUGCGAGAUCACUGUUGGUUAUACCGAAGACAUUGGCAGUCAAUGCAGCACAGGAUGCUACUGAACUUGUAGCCAAAUUGCGUUCUUAUCACAAUUCCAGUCAAACAAAAGCAGAUGUUGCAGAUUUGAAAUGGGUUGGUCUUGACUUACUUGAGGGCACUAUCAAAGAUAAUAGAAAAGCUGGUGUAUUAGAACCAGCUAUUUCGAAAAUAAAAUCUCUAAAAUUCGCUACAGAAGCAGCAAUAACUAUUCUCAGAAUCGAUGAUAUGAUCAAGUUGGAUCCAGAUCGUACUAAAGAUAAAUCGUAUCGUGAAGCAAUGGAAGCUGGUGAACUGGAAGAAUAAAAUUAAAUUGCAUUUGUAUUCGUCUUUUUCAUACGCUUUGUAGUGGGCGGAAAUUUAAAUUAGAUUUUACAAUAAAUAUCAUUUCACAACUUAAUAAUAAGAAUAAAGAACACAUUACACAUUAAGAAUUUACAUAUUAAUAUUGUGAUUUGUAUUGCGUAUUAUGUUGCCCUUAUAAAUAAAUCUACCGACAACAAGUGAAAUAAAGCUUUUACAUGUAAACAAA